GGGAGCUCCAGCCUGCAUCCUGCCUCCUCCUCCACUCUCCCAGCAGCCAUGUGAUUGUUAUUUUUUUACUCUUCUUGUUGUUGUUUAUCCAUACCCAUCACGCCACUGGAUUUGAAACUGCCAUGUGAAACACUUCACAUGGGUGCUUCGACCAGAGUACAAGACGCCUCAGAGACCCCCCCAUCCGCUAACGUUAAUCCAAGAGGCAGCGGUGUUGGAGAGCAGCAAUGGUCAAGUCAGCGAGAACCGCAGUGGAGCCGCACUGAGGCAAAUUCAGCCUACCAGCCCCUCGUGUCCCUGGGGUGGGGGACCAUUCAAGCACUUUAAGGGGCGCAGAAAGCUGAGGAGGGCUCAAUCCACCCCCAAUCCAUACAACUGCCCUUGCCAAAUCAACUGCAUCUCAGUGCCGCCCCCAGACCCAAAAUGACGGUGGUCUCCGGAGAUAAUGUAGACGAGACCUCGGCUGUACCAGGCCACCCCCAGGAUGCUUACCCGCCACCUGACCACAAUGACCACGAGUGCUGUGAGAGGGUGGUCAUUAACAUUGCCGGUCUCAGGUUUGAGACGCAGCUCAAGACCCUCUCUCAGUUCCCAGAGACGCUGCUGGGCAACCCUAAGAAGCGUAUGCGCUACUUUGACCCACUACGAAAUGAGUACUUCUUUGACAGGAACCGGCCCAGCUUUGAUGCCAUCCUUUACUACUACCAAUCAGGGGGGAGGUUGCGAAGGCCCGUUAACGUACCCUUGGAUAUGUUCUCGGAGGAAAUUAAGUUCUAUGAGCUGGGAGUGGAUGCCAUGGAGAGGUUCCGAGAAGACGAAGGGUUCAUCAGGGAGAAGGAGCGGCCCCUGCCUGAGAAGGAGUUCCAACGUCAGAUCUGGCUUCUAUUUGAACACCCAGAGAGUUCGGGCAUGGCCAGGGGAAUCGCCAUCGUGUCCGUCAUGGUCAUCCUUAUUUCCAUUGUUAUAUUUUGUUUGGAAACUAUACCUCAGCUGAAGGAGGAACCCAUGGGCCACAUUGAGGCUGUCGGCAACAGCACCAUCUACUACAAACCUAAUAUCUUCACAGACCCCUUCUUCGUCAUCGAGACCCUAUGCAUUAUAUGGUUCUCCUUUGAGUUGAUAGUUCGCUUUCUGGCAUGCCCUAGUAAGCCAGCCUUCUUCAAGAACAUGAUGAACACCAUUGACAUUGUGGCCAUCAUCCCCUACUUCAUCACCCUUGGCACCGAGCUGGCUGAAGACCCUGACACCGAAGGGGUGGGAGAGCAGGCCACAUCUCUGGCUAUUCUCAGGGUGAUCCGUCUUGUCCGUGUGUUUCGGAUCUUCAAGCUCUCCAGACACUCCAAAGGACUGCAGAUUUUGGGGCAGACCCUAAAGGCCAGUAUGCGAGAACUAGGACUGCUCAUAUUCUUCCUCUUCAUUGGUGUCAUCUUGUUCUCCAGCGCUGUUUUCUUCGCCGAAGCUGAGGAUGAAGAUUCCUUGUUCAAAAGCAUACCUGAUGCAUUUUGGUGGGCAGUGGUGUCCAUGACCACCGUGGGCUACGGUGAUAUGGUGCCGGUCACCAUUGGGGGAAAGAUUGUGGGAUCUUUGUGCGCCAUUGCUGGCGUGUUGACCAUUGCGCUACCCGUGCCCGUCAUUGUGUCCAACUUCAACUACUUCUACCACAGGGAGACGGAAGGAGAGGAGCAGGCUCAGCUGCUCAAUGUCAGCAAUCCCAACAUCCCAUCCGACAGCAACUCUAGUCGUCGCAGCUCCUCCGUUGUCAGCAAGUCCGAAUACAUGGAGAUUGACGGUGACCUGAACAACAGUAUCGACAACUUCCGGGAGGCCAACCUCAGAACUGGCAACUGCACUAUAGCCAACCAGAACUGUGUGAACAAGAACAAGCUGCUCACAGAUGUUUAAGCUCCAAGACCGCGGUGGAGUGGACCACCGGUUAGCUUCACCAAGGCUUCUUUGAAGCCUGCUAAAUACCCUAUAGAGAAGAAGCUAACACUCUUAAAGUAGACAACAGUUAGAUAGGCUAAUCAAUUAUUUUAAUCCUGCAAGUAUGUACCCCCAAAUGAUCACCUUCGAAAUAAAGAAGUAUUCAUAACCUCACAUAUUCACAAUUAGGUGUUAGGAUGCAGACCACAAUCUUGUCAGGCAACAUAAUGCAUGGAAUACUUUGAACCAAUGCAGCGUAAAAGUCAUUGCUAACUUGAAAAGAAACUACAGCAGAUGUUGGAUGCUAACCACCACGACCGCUGCCAACCACUCCUACUCUACUUCCUCCCCAUACACCCUUUGAAGGAUCUAACUGUUCCACAAAAAGCACCUUAUAGGAGGAAGAACAACCUGGAUGGAAACGUCUGCUCGCUUUCCAGGACACCGGCAGUGGAAUCGUGGUCCGGCCGAGUGAUCUGAUUGCCUUUUAGAUGCAGCACAGUAUCCACGAGUUUCACGCAUGAUGAUUGACUUUCCAUUGUGACGCAUGUAACCAGACGUAUACUUACUUACCAUGACGGAGAGGAUCUUCAGUUGGGAUCAACCUCCCCCCUGGUCGUCGCCCAAUUCUUUCUUUUUAUUUGUUUUUUUUUUAUUUUUGUUUUGUUUUGUUCUGUUUUGGGGUUUGUUUGUUUUUUUGCACCAAAUGCACCAGACAAGGUUUGAGUCGACAUUCGAAGGGGUGAAUGUUCAAUUUUAAGGGGACACUUGAGAAAUGAGAUCAUAGCAUGAGAAAAAGUAUCUGCAUUAUGGUCUAUUGACAUUAGGUACUUUUGUACCCUGGCAUAUUUAAUGCAUGAUAUGAGUAUGCAGCUUGUUGCAACUCAGGCACUUUGCAGUUUCCUUUUUUGGUCAGGGAAACUAAAGGAAAAUGCAUUGCAUUCAAAUAUAUCUGAAGCAACAAUUUAGCCACUUUAAGAAAUCUAAAUAACCACUAUCCAAUCUGCAUUUAACCAUACAGUAAGCUACAUUAGCGCCGUGCAUGAGCCUUGAUUCCAUGAGAAAAUGAGCUUCCAUUUCCGCGUCAGGUUUGGUUUCGGAGGCCAAAUUGACAACGCACUGUACAUUAUCGGAAUGAUUAGAAUUUUUGGGACAUGAGUUGCUAGUGCCUUUAAUUCCGCUCACCACCGGGACAAGUGGAAGUGCCUCUCUGUAGUCAUUGGAUGUGUGAGGUUAAAUAGAGCUGCUGGAGAAUUUAGUCCUUAAUUCAUAACCGAAGAAUUGAACAACAACCAUGAGCCUGACAAGUGAGUGCAGAUGAAAACAAAACAGUAUCCAGACUCUCACGCACAGGCUGGUUUGGCUUCAUGAUGCUUAACUAAGCAGCGACGUAAUGUACUUUCCAUGUUUACCUAUCCAAAUCAAAAGGGAAUAUUUACAGGUUUGCGCCAUCAUUUAUUCAUGCCUGCCUUUCUUUCUUUGUUGUUUUUUCAUUUUGCUGUGCAUGUCUUUCCAGGGUCUCUACCUCAGAGAGGUCAUUGCAAACUUGUCGCACCGGCGCAAGCAAGCCUCAAUGCAGGGCUUCCCUGCUUUCUUCGUUCCGUAUAUCCUUUUGUCCAUCUUUCCCUGCAUCUCUAGUGUUCUUUCCUUCCUUUCUUCCUAUCUUCCACCCCUCCCACUCCCCUUCCUCCAUUCCUUCUCCCAUUUUUCCUCCCUUGAUUCCUUCUGGAAAAACUUCUUUCAUCGUUCAUUCCUUUUCAUGAUUCUCAACCUGCUGACCCUCCCUCUCUGGGUCCUCUCAUCCUUCUUUAUUUUUUUCUACACCUUCUUCCUUCUUUACAUAAUUCUAUUCUUGUUUCUAUAUAUAUCAAUCCAAUCUUUAUUUUCAUUCUAUCUUUGUUCCUUUGUUCCUUAUUCCUUUCAUCCCUUCUUUUUCCUUUUUUUUAAUUCCCUCAUUCCUUUUCAUCCUUUCCUUCUUUCCUUUUAAUUAUUUCAUUCAUUCCUUCAUUUGAGAUUCUUUCCCUACCUCAAGCAUUCCUUUGUUACUUUUUUAUAGUUUUUUUUUUACCUCGUUUCCUUGCUUCCUUUAGCCAUAAUGCUCAAAACUGCAGUUGAGCAAUAUUGAAUGUGAGCAUCCCAAAGUAUCAUGGCCGUCUUUACACGAGCACUUAACGUAGAAAAUAUGAAAAAUGCGUCUGCAUCAUGUUGUAUCUCAUCAUCGUUUUUGUCACUGAAGCUGCGCACAAUCAGAAUGUUCAUUUCAAGACAACCCCGCCUCCAUCCUUAGGGACUGUUUGGUACGUUGCUUCCUCGAAGGCAACACCAGCUCCCCACAAGUGUGUCUGACAUGCAGACACACACACUUGUACGCACAUACAUGCUUGAUUUGAUUCACUGCAGCUUUCGGGCAUUAAAGUACAGUACACACAACAGGGCACACUUUGCACAUGCUCUCUAUUUGAGUGUAGUUUUUCUUUUAAUUUAACUUCAGCAUUUUUUUUUUUUUUUUUUUUAUGUGUCUUUCAAAUGUGUUUCUUUGAGUGUUUUUCGCGAUUUUAAUUAUCUUUGUUAGGUAUUUUGUAUUUUUAUUAAGUAUGUUUUUCUUUAACUAUUCCAAUCAAGACUGCCUGCAGCAAGACUGGAACAUCAUGUCAUGGACAGUAUUAAAUAUUUUUGUAAAUGAAGUAUCUUUCAUUAACACAUACUUGUUCAAUAUUGUGGGGGUUAUUUUCAACAGAAUAUUUUGUUAUAUACAUUUGUUAUAUAUUUAAAAAAUAUUUUUCUUCAAUAUCUGUUACUAUAACUUAACAAGUUAGCUUACAUAUUCGUGUAUCAUUCUUUGAAGUAAUUUAUUUUUACUUACAUUAUACAUACAGUAUACUUAUAAAUACACAUACAAUACAAAUAAAUGAAUGCACGUUUUUUAACUACAUAAAUUAUUAGAUAUGAAUAGGUACAUUAAAAAAACACUACAUAUACAUGUAGUGAAGAAAAGGGGACUGGAAUAAUUAUUUUCAUUAUUAUAUUUUGAACGUAUGCAUUUCUUUUCUUAACAGUUUAAUUUUAACAUUUUAUUUAUUUCAAUUUUUUUUUUGUCAAUGUAUCAUUAUUUAUAUUAGUAUUAUAGUAGUAUUGGUGUUUCUCCAAACAGGCUAACUUUAUUGCAGGAAGGCUGCACCACGUAGUAAAAUGAGACAACUAAUAAUAACAAUAAAAAUGACAACAAUUAUAACAAUGCUAUUACUACUACUACUACUCUGCUGCUGCUGCUGCUACUACUACUACUACUAUAAUAUUAACAAUGUAAUGACAAUAACAAUAAUGAUGAAGAUUAUUUGAUGACAAUGACAGAGUUUGUUAACGCACUCUUCUACCAACGUCCCUGAUAUAUGAAGGAAAAAUAAAAAUAGAUUGACUGCAGUGUUAUUUGAAUGUCACAGUCUUGCUGCAGUGGCUGCCCUUCAUGGUGCUCAAGCAGGAUCACUACUUUUGACAUUAUUUUCAGCACGGUGUUCAGUUUUGGAGUGGACUCAAGGGGUCCUGGUAUUAUUUCUUAACUUUGUACUGUAUCACCAAAUGUAAAACCUUGCACAUAUGACAACAUAGCAUCCAUGCGAUUCUGCUAUGUUUUGAUCGGUCAUUGUUUCUUUCCUGUGGCUGCUCUGAUUGUGUUUGAAUGGUGCUAAGCAUCCAACUACCCAAACAAAUGUGCUCCUUGAACAGCAAUAUGUUGGGUCUCAGAUGUUGUACUUGUGCCCGUGUGUGUGUGUGUGUGUGUGUGUUUGAGUUAGUGAGAUACUGAGAGAGAGAGAGAGAGAGAGAGAGAGAGAGAGAGAGAGAGAGAGAGAGAGAGAGAGAGAGAGAGAGAGAGAGAGAGAGAGAGAGAGAGAGAGAGAGAGAGAGAGAGGAAAAAAUAGGUAAAAUCCUAUUUUUGAAAGCUGCGGACGAGAGCUGCUUGAAAGUGUGUUAGCCAAUCACUUCUGCAGCUCGGCUGAAACAUAGCUGCACAAUCAUCACAAACCGGUUCUUCCAAGUCGAAUGAAGCAAUUGAGACCAAGAGUGGACUAAGUCCAUUUUGGCUAGUUUAAAAUCCAAGUAGGCCUUGGAUGUUUUCAAACAAAUGACUUUUUGUCACAUUUGCAAAAACAGCCUAGCUUAGCCCAGCUUAAUGGCAGUGUUUCGUCACAAUUCCUCAUUCAGUCAGGGACCACCAUUACUUGCUCGAAUUAACUCAAGUUGUCCUUGUACUUGUUGUAAACAAGGAUUCCUCUAGCACCGGGUUGGUGUUCCGUACUGCAAGAUUUUUUUUUUUUUCUUUAAUGUACAGUUUGGUUCAUGUUAUUUAUUUGGCUUGCAUUAGUUUUGGAUAUAAUUCUUCUGUGCACCACUAGAUGGUGGCAGUGGGAUUAUAAACACUGUGAACAUUGGACAAAAGAAGAAGAAUGAAAACAUGGAAUAUUUUUAUCUGCCACUAUGUUUGCUGAAAGUUAUGAAAUCCUCUUCAAUCCUGAACUCCUGCUGUAGUUCCGUUUUGUAAUGCACAUCAUUUGCCUGGGUUAUUAAUAUGUAUUUUCAAAUGAUUCGUUUUGAAAAAAAUAAAAACUGAGAUUUAAACAGGGAACUACACCGUAAUAUUCACUUAUUGCGGGGGCUAUGUGCAAUGUAAAUCUGUUAGGGAGGAAAUGUGGUCAUAAUAAAAUUUGAAAAAUGUCCUAGUAUAUGCAGUCCGAUUCAAGAACAAGCAAAGUCAAUAUGCUUGUCUGCUUUUAUUGAUCUUUCAGUUCUGCCACUUAACAUGGAUGAGCAAGAUGUUACACUGGUAGAAGUAAACAAUUAUUAUUUUUUGGAAGGGGUAUAACUAUUGUUUUUUUUUUGUGCAUAUUUCCUACGCUGAAGCUGCUCCAAUGUACUGAAUCUCUUCUGGAAACGCACUGCAUGGUCCGCAGAAGAGUGCAUGAGCUUUGCCUUUCAACUAUCACACAUGGUUUGUUUUCUUUCUUCCACCUGUUAUGAUUUGGAAAAGGAAACCCUUGCGUCCAUGUAUGCCCCACCUUGCUGGACUUGUGACCUCAUCUCACGGACGCCGGUGGGGUUUCUAGUGUGGCGUCCGUUCAGGGUUUCGCUAGCAUAAAAGGCGAGCGAGGACGUUUAAGGGCUAGUUCCUCACACUGAACUUUCUCCAAUAAACAUAUAAGAAACAUACAAACGACGCCGCUUUGUCCUUUGGGGAGUUGGCGUUUGAUGGACGUGACAGUUGGCAUUUUGGGACAAUAAAAAAUGGACUUUGGAACUUUUCUUUUCAAGCAAAGCAAACUGAUUGUAUCCAUCACCGCUGUCAUGUUGUGUUUACUGACGAUUGAUUAUGCUACAGUGUGUGAAGACAGGGGCAUAGUCUGAUCUAUGCAAGGGUACUCAUUUUUUUUUUUUUUUUUAUCUUUAUUUUUUGAAUUAGAUCACUUAUGAUUUCAUCUUCUAUUUACUCCAAUAAAUUGUUAAGGAUCAGCUGGUGUUUAGUUGUUUUGAAGUUGUUCCAUAUGAAAACACUGAAAAGUAGUAAUGCCUAAAAAGGUUGGAAAGUAAAAUCUGAAUAUCUAAUACGCUUGAAUAUGUCAGUAUCAUGAGAUAAUGCGAUCAAUUUUACAUUUUCACGGCCAAUUGACCUGAUGGAUUUCAAGUUUAAUUGUGAUAAAUUUUGAUAUAAAGAUUUCCUUAAUUAAAAAAAAAAAGUUUGA